AUGUCUGACGCUAUUCCAAAUACAGGGUAAGUCGAAAUUCUCUCAUAUUCAUUCAGUAAUCUCUAAUUCCAGAAAAUUCCGCGGUAAAACUGUGUUUAUCACUGGAGCAUCGAGAGGAAUCGGAAAAGAAAUUGGAUUGAAAUUGGCAAAAGACGGAGCAAAUAUUGUGAUUGCUGCAAAAACCGUCACAGCGCAUCCAAAACUUCCGGGAACAAUUUAUACAGCAGCAGAGGAGAUUGAAAAAGCUGGAGGAAAGGCGUUGGCUUGCGUGGUUGAUGUCAGAGAUGAAAAAUCGAUAAAAGAUGCUGUUGAGGCAGCAGUCAAGGUGAGCUUAGAUCAGAAACUUGAAAUUUGAUUGGUUUGUUCUAUAGAAAUUUGGUGGAAUUGAUAUUUUGAUCAACAAUGCAUCUGCAAUUUCUCUAACUAACACCGAAGAAACCGAAAUGAAAAGAUACGAUUUGAUGCAUUCAAUUAACACUCGUGGAACAUAUUUGGUCACAAAAACAUGUCUGCCAUACCUCAAAAAAUCCACUCAUGCACAUGUUCUCAAUAUUUCUCCACCACUUUUGAUGGAACCAAGAUGGUUUUCCAAUCAUGUUGCUUAUACAAUGGCCAAAUAUGGAAUGUCAAUGUGUGUUUUGGGACAACAUGAAGAAUUCAAACAAUAUGGAAUUGCUGUAAAUGCUUUGUGGCCAAUGACAUCAGUUUGGACAUCAGCUAUGGAAAUGUUAUCAAGUAAUGAGGGAAAAGCUGGAAGCAGAGAGGUAUGAUCUUUUAAUUUUGGGUUUUUAUAUUUUCAUUCAAAAAUUUCCAGCCAGCAAUUAUGGCUGAUGCAGCUUAUGCAAUUUUAUCGAAAGGAAAGGAGUUCACCGGAAAUUUCACAAUCGAUGAAUAUUUGUUGAAAGAUGAAGGAGUCACUGAUUUUGAAAGAUAUGCUUGUUCCCCAGGAACUGAAUUAAUUCCUGAUUUCUUUAUUCCAAGUAAAUUGUAA